CUCACCAUGAGCGCCCGCGCUGCGCUCCUGCCGCCUCUCCUGCUGCUGCUUCUGGCUGCCGCGGCCGCGGAGGGCAAGGGCUGCAUCUGUAAAGACAGAAGCCAGUGUUUCUGCAGCGGGACCAAAGGGGAGAAGGGAGAGGAAGGUUUCCCCGGACCCCCUGGUUCUCCUGGCCAGAAGGGAUUCCCAGGUCCUGAAGGCCAGCCUGGACUACAGGGACCCAAGGGCUCCCCGGGACUCCCAGGACUCACUGGCCCCAAAGGCAUAAGGGGACUACCUGGAUUGCCAGGAUUUUCAGGUCCUCCUGGACUUCCAGGUGCCCUGGGCCUUCCUGGGCCGUAUGGACUUCCUGGCCUCCCAGGAUGCAAUGGUUCCAAGGGGGACCCAGGCCUCCCAGGACUCCCAGGCACCCCCGGCUACCCAGGCACCCCGGGCACUGCUGGCUCGAAGGGAGAGAAGGGCGCUCCUGCUGAAGGGCCAGGCCUCGAUCUGGGCGGGGAAGGCGACCCGGGAUUGCCAGGAGUUCCAGGGCCCCAGGGUCCGCCAGGCCUCCCGGGUGCCCCCGGACCUGAGGGCCCACCUGGCCCUCGAGGAUUCCCCGGCUUUCCAGGAGCCGUGGGCCAUCCAGGACCUAAGGGUCACAUGGGCGACAAAGUGAUUGGACAAAAAGGAGAGCGGGGUGUACAAGGAUUGAGAGGACCCCCGGGGGCCCCAGGAGCAGUGAUUGUGACGCAGACCGUCUCAGACAACUACACGGACUUCACAGGCGAGAAGGGCGAGCCAGGAGACGUGGGCCUGUUCGGACCUCCUGGGCCCCAAGGGCCACCUGGAGGUUUCUACGGCUCGGAAAAAGGCGAUCGAGGGGAUCCUGGUGCACAGGGAACACCUGGGAGAGAUGGCAUCCCCGGCAUCCCCGGCACAAAGGGAGCCAAAGGCAGCAGAGGCUUCCCUGGGCUAAGGGGUGAAGACGGUGUGAAGGGACAGAAAGGAGACACCGGCCCUCCCGGAUAUCCCGGUCCAACAGAGUAUUACGAUAUGUACUAUCAGAAAGGAGAUACAGGAAUUCCUGGCCCUCCAGGACACAAAGGAGCCCGUGGUCCAAUGGGUCCCAUCGGCCCCCCAGGCCCCCCUGGAAGUCCUGGGUUGUCAAGGCCAGGCCCCUACGGAGAUCCUGGACCUCCAGGUGUGAAAGGAAGUAAAGGGGAGCAAGGACCCCCAGGAAGGGAUGCCGUGGGCCCUCCUGGGGCCCCAGGUUGCCCUGGCUCACCAGGCCCUAAGGGCUCACCAGGCUGUCCAGGACCACCAGGUGACGUCAUCUUCCGCAAGGGCCCACCAGGAGAUGAGGGGUGUCCAGGCCAGCCGGGGCCUCCUGGAUCCCCAGGGAUGAAGGGGUUCAAAGGGGAGCCAGGCAUGCUGUGUACCCAGUGCCCUUGUGUCCCUGGCCCUCCCGGCCCCCCGGGGUGUCCAGGGUUGGAUGGCGCCAAAGGAAUCCCAGGAAGACAAGGGCCAUCUGGUGAUAAAGGAAGCCCAGGCUCCCCAGGAAGUGUGGGUCCCCCAGGAUCUCCGGGAUACCCAGGAGCCCCAGGUGACCCAGGCCGUAAAGGAGAAAAAGGUGAAAUCUCUCAGCCAGAGGGAUCAACGGGGUCCCCAGGGGACCCAGGGUACAGAGGGCAUCCUGGAAGAAAGGGUUUGGAUGGGACUCCUGGAAGUCCAGGAAUGAAAGGAAUUCGAGGACCUAAAGGCAAUCGGGCCCUGAGUGGUGAGAAGGGGGACCAGGGUCCUCCAGGGAAUCCUGGCAUCCCUGGGCUCCCAGGACCCCCAGGAUCAGCUGGACCGCCCAACUAUGGACCGCCGGGAGAGCCUGGCCCAAAGGGCAACCAAGGCGUCCCCGGAGCCCCUGGGCCACCUGGAGAAGCCGGUCGCAAGGGAGAAGCGCGUUUUUCAGUACCAAUCCCAGGCCUCCCAGGGCCUCCAGGGCCUCCUGGUCGUGCCGGCCCCCCAGGUCCUCCUGGUAUCCCUGGAGCCAAAGGAAGGUGUGGUGACCCUGGUCUUCCCGGGGAUGAUGGUGAGCCAGGAAUUCCAGGAAUUGGAUGUCCUGGGCCUCCUGGACCAAAGGGAGAUCAAGGUUGUCCAGGAACAAAAGGAUUACCUGGUUGUCCUGGAGAAAUAGGAAAACCGGGGUUGCCAGGAGAGCCAGGUCUCCCAGGAGCCAAGGGAGAACCAGGACUAGCCAUGCCUGGAGGGCCAGGAACACCCGGUUUUCCAGGAGAAAAAGGCAAUUCUGGGGAAAAUGGAGAAAUUGGACUCCCUGGACUUCCAGGUCUCCCUGGAAUUCCAGGAGCUGAAGGGCUUGAUGGACCACGAGGGGAUCCAGGCCUGCCUGGAGCUCCCGGAGUGAAAGGACUCCCCGGGAGGUGUAUGGAGGGCCCCAUGGGAGCCCAAGGCCUGCCAGGCUUGAAUGGAUUGAAAGGGCGACAAGGCAGAAAAGGUGAGAUGGGCACUAAAGGAGACCCAGGCAUUCCAGGCUUGGGAAGACCAGGAUUUCCUGGAGAACCUGGGCCACCGGGACCGCCAGGUCCCAGAGGUGCGAUGGGGCCACUUGGUCAGAAAGGACAUCCAGGAAGUCCAGGAUUUAUGGGGUUUCCAGGCGAAAAAGGAAUGGUUGGCUUGAUGGGUUUUCCUGGAAACAUCGGCCCUCCGGGGCUUCCUGGGCAACCAGGUGUCCCUGGGCAAAAGGGUGACCUUGGAAUGCCAGGAGCAAAGGGCGAGAAAGGACUUAAAGGAUUUCCAGGCGAAAGGGGAGAAAAAGGAGUCACUGGCCCUUCUCAAAUGGCCUACUUAGUGGGGGACAAAGGAGAACCAGGCCUCAAAGGAUUGGCAGGAAAGCCGGGUGAGAAGGGAAACAGAGGCCUCCCAGGGCCACCAGGCUUUCAAGGCCCCAGAGGUUUCCCAGGACCACCAGGACCACCAGGCCCUAAAGGAGACCCAGGCAGCGACGGGUACCCAGGAUAUCCAGGACCACCGGGUAUGCCAGGAAGCAUGGGGAGCAUGGGACUGCCAGGUUCUAAAGGAAUGAAAGGAACCCUGGGGCUCCCAGGUCACAAUGGAAGACCAGGCCUGCCUGGUGCUCCUGGUCCCCAAGGAGAUAAGGGAGAGCCAGGUUAUCCUGAAGGUGUAAGGCCAGGACUGCCUGGACCAAAGGGAGAUCCAGGAUUUCCAGGUGAAACAGGAAAGAAAGGAGAAAGAGGAUUUCCUGGCGCACCUGGCCCUUUGGGGCCAGCUGGACCUGAUGGUGCACCUGGAAGUCCCGGAAGACCUGGUCAGCCAGGAAUGCCAGGUCCUGAUGGUGAGCAGGGAUUCAAAGGAAUCAGAGGCUUCCCUGGCUUUCCUGGCUUCAAAGGCUUUCCAGGUCCUCCGGGAUUCCCAGGAGACCCUGGACCAAUGGGCCCAAGAGGUGACCAAGGACGUGAUGGAAUUCCUGGCCCAGCAGGAGAGAAGGGAGAACCAGGACUGUCGGAGGUACUUCCAGGCCCCAAAGGGAAGACUGGUGCUCCAGGACCCAAAGGGGACCCGGGAGCCCCAGGCUUGCCUGGCCUUCCAGGCAGGAAGGGGUUACCGGGAGAUGUUGGGCCACAAGGACCCACAGGCAUGGCAGGACUCCCUGGGGUACCCGGUGAUCCUGGCAUAUUCAUCCCUGGCCCAAAAGGAAAUCCAGGUCCUCCAGGCCCAAGAGGAAACUCAGGUGAACCUGGUCCCCCCGGUCCUCCAGGAAGUCACGUAAAAGGCAUAAAAGGAGAAAAAGGGUUUAUGGGCCCGCCUGGACCCAGAGGUCCUCCUGGAGCCAUAGGAGAAAUUGGGCCUUUUGGCCCUCCGGGAGCACCAGGUAGCCCAGGAAUGCCCGGACUCAGGGGUGAUCCUGGAUACUACGGAUUUCCAGGCAUGGAAGGAGAGAAGGGUAAUCCAGGAUUUCUGGGACCAAUGGGACCUCCAGGGAGAAUUGGGCCAAAAGGACCACCAGGUGCACGUGGAGACCCUGGCACAGUGAAGAUCAUCUCCCUUCCAGGAAGCCCAGGGCCACCUGGUCCACCUGGACCCCCAGGGAUGCAAGGAGAACCUGGACCCCCGGGACCACCAGGAAGGCAAGGACCCUGUGGGCCAAGAGGUGAACCAGGCAGGGAUGGAAGGCCAGGAACUCCUGGCCCAGUUGGAGAAAAGGGCUUCAAAGGCUAUAAAGGAGCAAAAGGACCACCUGGAAGGGACGGACCACCAGGAAUGAAGGGGAUACCUGGAGAACCAGGACCACCUGCCCCCGUGGAGGGAGUGAGGGGCUUCCUCUUCACGCGGCACAGCCAGACCAGAGCGACCCCCCUGUGUCCAGAGGGUACAGAGCCGCUCUACAGUGGCUUUUCUCUGCUUUUCGUACAAGGAAAUGAACAAGCACUUGGCCAAGACCUGGGAACUCUAGGCAGCUGUUUGCAGCGAUUUACUACGAUGCCAUUCUUAUUCUGUGACCCCAAUGAUGUAUGUAAUUUCGCAUCGCGAAACGAUUAUUCAUACUGGCUGUCAACACCAGCUUUGAUGCCAGUGGACAUGGCUCCAAUUACUGGCAGGGCCCUGGAGCCUUAUAUUAGCAGAUGCACCGUCUGUGAAGGGCCUGCGGCGGCCAUUGCCAUCCAUAGCCAGACCACUGACAUCCCCACAUGUCCCCAGGGCUGGCUCUCUCUCUGGGAGGGAUUUUCUUUCGUCAUGUUCACGAGUGCAGGGUCUGAAGGUGCAGGGCAAGCCCUGGCCUCCCCUGGAUCCUGCCUGGAAGAAUUCCGAGCCAGCCCCUUUAUAGAAUGUCAUGGCCGAGGAACGUGCAACUACUAUUCGAACUCCUACAGUUUCUGGUUGGCGUCAUUAAACCCACAAAGAAUGUUCAGAAAACCUAUUCCAUCAACUGUGAAAGCUGGGGAAUUAGAAAAGAUAAUAAGUCGAUGCCGGGUGUGCAUGAAGAGUAAAUACUGAAGAAAUCAAAGAAAAUAGAAGAAAUCAAAGAAAAUAGAACUGAUGUUUUUCAUCCCAAAUAAUCAAGGAACAAUGGAGAGCAAGCAUUUAUUAGGAUAUUUUUCUUUAACCAACAGUAUUGCUCUAUGGCAGGUUGGAACAAAGCUUCUGUUUGUUUCUCUACCCAACAGAGCAUUUUUUAAGUUAGUUCAUGAGCCUGAUCUCCAAGCCUGUCUGUUUCAAAGUUGUGCUAGCUGGAUAGCAGAGAAGGCCAACUGGGUGCUCUAUUUGUAUAAAGUGUGAUGCUCAGGUUAAGGACUAGUCUCUGGUGCUGGUGCCCUGGGGUUCGGGGCCCCCCACUAGCCCCUCCAGACUUGCCCCUCCCAGGGCUAUGUUUGACAAUGAGGGGUGGCAGGGCUCUAUCCAUGUGAGACUGUUUCCCACCCCCUUCCUGGAACUUUAGACCCCACCCAGGGAAGGGGCUGGGGUCAGUGGGGAAAAUGACUACAUCUGGGCUUACAGACCUGUGGAGUAACCCCAGGCCUGAGGGAACCAGAAGUGAACUGAGGACUAUGGAUUUUCUGGGGUUCUUGCACACGUCCCCAAGACUACGGCCAAAGUGGAGGUCCUUGGAUGGUGUCAUAACAGCCUUGGGGAUCUGUAUUAUUGGGUUUUGUGUUUUUCAAUGAUAGCUUGUCCAUUGAAUUCAUUUCACUGAAGCAACAUAGCCCUCUUGUGUUCAAAAGAGGUUCCUCCUCACUGACUUCAUUUUUGAUCGAGCCCCUUUACACCUGCACUCUGAAAAGCAACCAGUUAUGAUUUCUUUUACCAGCACAUCCGCCCACUUUAGGGUGCUGCUCACGUGCACCCUUUCCCCCAUCCACACAUGUUGGUGCAGCCCUUUACUCAAUGAGUCGCUCCCUCCUCAGUGAAAGAAGGUAUUUAUUGGCUGAUAGGACUCAGAAUCCUAUUUUUCCUGUCCUCUAAAUAUUCCACUCACCCUGGUUAUUUACAGAUUUAUUCUGUUAUGUAAAAGCAUCUUUUUAUAUUCCAUAGUCUCGCAAACCAUGUUGAAAGCAUGCAUUGUUAAAACUCUUGGAGUACAAAUUGUAUAGCUUGGCAGCUGGAAGUCGCAAGACUUGCUUUUCCGGGCGUUGAUACAUUCCUAAGUUACUUAAUUCAACUUAACAAGCUUCUUAUUCAGCACCAAGCCAUGCCCCAGGCAGUGUGCUAAAUUUAUAAAGCUACUGAGGGGAAAAGAAGAGCCUUGUCUCUGGUCUAAUGUCCCAGGGAAGGUAACUUCCGGUUUCUGUUAAGAAUCCCUCAUACAGGAGUUGUUUUUCUCCCCCAUUGGUUACUAUGUCACUGUUCUUUUUUCAUUAUUACUAGUUCAGUAGGCCUGACUAUGGCCAGGAAGAGCCCAGGACUUCUGAGCUUCCUUUAGACUUCUGAGAAGCCAGGGUCUGGACAAGGUUAAGAAAAGAACGAUCUGCAAAGUACCGAAGAUCAGUUCUUCUUGGUGCUGUCACUACUUAGUGAAUGUCCCAGGCCAGUCAGGCUGAGACAAAGCUCUGAAGGUGCUUUUUCAUCCCUCCAGGUGGAGUUGGUGGUGCUGAUAUUUAAAUUCAGGUUCUUCAACCUCAAUUGCUUGGUGAGAAGGUGAUGAUGACCUGUGGUGAAGGUCCUUCCCUGCUCACCUGACUGCUGUCAAUGCAUUUACUCAUUAUUUAGACUCGUCUAAAAUUAUGGCUUUCUUGCUUUAAAAAUAUCCUGUUGUCCUGAUUGUACUUUAAAGGCCUAUGGGACUAGCUGACCACAAACC